CAGGCACCUAUUAAACGUUAUUGGCGAGAGCCUACUGUAUAUCACAAAAACUGUUUUUUAGAAAAAAAACGGCUUCAUCCUUUCAUCCAAGUUAUCCAAAAUUACGGUACCUUUGCCUUCUCACUCACAUACAGUACAGUCCAUUCAUAAAAGCUUUUAGUUGUAUUGGAAUUUUGGAUAAAAGAUGCUCAACCUGUAUGCUGAUUACUGUAGCUAACACUCACCUUAACAGCCAACUGCUUGAAUAAUAAUGAAGAUAUUUCCAACUUGUUUUGUAGGAACUAUUAUUUAUUAUCACAAAUUUGAGCAUGAGUUGGUGUACAUUUUCAUUGUUUCUACAUAUUACUGAAGUUUCUUCUUUUGGGGGUUUGGGAACAGGAAAACAAGUACAGCAGAAGAAAAACAGAAGUGUAAUGGACAGUGACGAAGAUUGUACUGGCAGCAGUGACGGGUUGGAUUUCUGAGGAGGAACAUUCUGAUGUGCUGAAUGGUAAAGAAAAGAAAGGCUAUGAAACAGCAGUUGAGUACCUAGCCUUUAAUCUUUCUUGUUUAAAAGUGAAUUUAGAUAAGCAAAAACAUGGUGAUGCAGAUUAUGUAAAAAUGGAAAGCAGUGGUAGUUACCCAGAUUGUGAAAAGACUGUCCAAGUUACCUGGUCAUGUUUGAAAGAUUCUGGAACCAUAGAAUCCCAUAUAAGUGGAAUGGCGAAAAUUACUUCAGAAAACUGUCUUAGAAGUUAUGGUACUGGAAAUAUCUGUGAUCAAUCAGAAGUACAAAAUGUGCUAUCUUCUUCAGUGAAAGAAAAAUUGGCUAAAAAAUAUGUACCCCCAGUAAAUGAAAAUUGUGAUGUAACACAAGAUUCAGGUGAUUCUUCAGCGGUGGAUGUUCCUCUACCCUCCUGCAGUGGCAGUGAUCCUAGAGAACAGAUAAAACUCAUUAAUACUGAGAAAUGUGCUGAUAUUUACAAGAACCUGUUUAGGGAAACCCACAGUACAAUAACUAAGAGCUGUUCUAAACAAGGUAAGGGAGCUUUUUAUACAUUCUCAGAACGAUCACACUCAGACUUAGUUUUAUAUUUACCCAAAGACCUUACUUUAAAUACCAACAAUAAAGUUUCAAACAGGAGACAAUGUGAUGUUCAGAAACAAAAGAGAAAGAGAAAAUGUCAUUCAGAUAAAGACUUCUCAUUAAAUUCUUGUGAUUCAGAAACUGGUACUGUUGUUAAUGAAGAAUUAUUAAGCUCAGAAACAGAUGAUUAUUUUCAUCACUCACAAAAAAAUAUUAAAGAUGAUCCAGAAACAAAGGUCAUCCAGACCCGCUCUGGUAGAAAGACUCGCUUUACAUUUUUUUCAAAAGCACUGAAUGAUAAUUCAGAUGAUGACUUUUUCAAUGAGAGCACACCAAAUUCUUCAGAAAAUAAUACGCCUGAAAAAAGACCAAAACUUAAUCUGCCAAGUAGUGAGUCACUCAUUCCUCAUAGAAAAAGAGGGAGGCCUCGAAAAAAGAAACAGAUACUGUUCUCAGUUAUAAGAUAUUGGGGGAUGGAAGUGCUUUCAUUCAUAUGGAUUCCUCUGAAAAUAUGACAUCUGAAACCAGCAGGUUAAAGAGUCAAGUUUCUUUUGUAGACGAAAAUCAUAAAUGUAUGGCUAGUGCAAAAGAUUCAGUAAUGACAUUUUUCGAGGAACAUCAAAGUGAAAGAGUAAAGACUGAGGUGAAACUGCUGAAUGUUUUGAAGGAUCAGCAAGUUGAACAAGCAGGUGUAUUAACUGAAAUGCUCUCUAUUUUUAAGGAUAUGCAAUGUAAAUUAAAGGUUAAAGAAUAAGGAAGGCUAACUUAAAGUUAUUGUUAAACAUAAUUAAUUCAAAGAUUUUCAUAGAUACGUUUUGAACAAAUAAACAACCCGGUUCCACAGAGAAGACAUUUACUGCACAGUAAACCCGAAAUUUACACAGUGACUGACUACAAGAUAGUUGCUCUCAUCAGGUGGCCAGUACAGUACACACUAAAGAUCAAUAUCCUCAUCAUCUUGUAAACACAAUUUAAAAUAAGAACAAGGCAAAGUUUACUCUCCAUUUAACGGAAUCCGAUAUAACGAACUCAAUUUAGCGGAAGGCUUUUUUUCGUUAUUUUUCACUCAAUUUAGUGAGCUAGUUCGCUAAAUCGAGAUUAAUUUCGUUAAAACGCUCACACCUAUGGAGACAUCCGAGACACAUGAUGCAGUAAAACCUACUUCAGCCUUUGACAAAUAUACUAAAUAUACAGUAUAAAAGUGAUAAAUAAUUUUGUAAAGCAAUUACAGGAAAAUGGAGAGAAAAUCACUCCAAACCUUUCUGCUCCCAGUGUUAUGAAAGAUUGCACUCCGUUUAGCCACAUCCUCACAUGGUUGGUGAGUGGGUGGGAAGACCAACCUCUUGGGUAACCCUGAAUUUUUCUGCUCUGGGUCUAUUUAUAAUCACUGUGCAAACAAAUAUUUCUUUAAAUGUAAAGUCACUCAAAAAAGUAUCUGAAAAAUAUUGUUCAUGACAAUAUGACACAUUGGACGUAUGUUUUGGGGAAGUGGCAGAGAACCAGGCAACAGUGCCCAGACUACAUGGGUUAUAGUGUUCGUUUUGACAUCCAUCGGACCCCACUUUUCAGAUACUAUUUUGAGUGACUGUACAUACAAUGCUAAAAAAGGAAAAUAAUGCAGUAAUAAACCAAGGCAUUAGGUACUAGACAGCUAUCAAACAGGGAGGUACUACUGCUUGGGAAGAUAAUAGACCAUCCUGCCAUAUGUGACCAAGUUCCAGGUUGCUCAUCUGACUUUCUGCCUCAUUUACACACAAUUG